GAAGUCUUGCUCUGCUGAGCUGGUGGGUUUUUUGCUUGUCUGGCGUUGAGCCUCGCUGUGAAGGCGUCAUGGCGCCAAAGGGAAAGGUAGGAACCAAAGGUAAAAAGCAGAUAUUUGAAGAAAACAAGGAAACCCUCAAGUUCUAUCUGCGGAUCAUCCUUGGUGCUAAUGCCAUUUAUGGAAUUGUAAAUCUUGUGUUCUUCUAUGUAACAGCCACUGUAUGGACUUGGAUUGCAUUUGUGUUCAGUUUGAUGGUCUAUGCGGCCAGUUACCGCUCAAUGAGCUCCAUGGCAAAACCUUCUUUCACGGAUGAUGGCAGCCUGGCUGAUGGUGGAAUCGACCUGAAUAUGGAGCAGGGGAUGGCAGAGCAUCUGAAGGAUGUGAUCUUGCUUACAGCUAUAGUGCAAGUCCUCAGUUGUUUCUCCCUCUAUGUGUGGUACUUCUGGCUAUUGGCUCCAGGGAGGGCGCUCUAUCUCCUGUGGGUUAACAUCCUGGGCCCUUGGCUCACUGCAGACUCUGCUGCUGCCAACCAGGAGCCCAAUGAGAAGAAGCAGCGCCGACAAGAACGCCGCCAGAUGAAGCGUUUCUAGCUGUGCUCAUGGAAAUGGAUGUUGUGUCACCCAUUGUCUCCAUGUGGCUGUUUAUCAGGGAUGUGACCUUUUUGAACCAAUCUGAAAACAUCAGGGGCUUCUACUCUCAUUUAUCCCCACCUUCCCCCGCCCACCCUGGUUCAUGGGAAUUAACUAUAAAGCUAAAUCGCUUUGGAACAGUGUAACCAAACUGAUACAGGGCUUUCAUCUGCCUUGUAACAAGGGGUGGGAACCUCUGGGGGACUGAAGAUGUGUAAAUGUCUUUAUAAAAUGUUGCUGUACUAUGAAUCUAUGGAUGGAAGUAUUACAGGAUUUGAGGAAAUGGUACAUUUUUAAAAAAAAAUCCAACAACAAACCUACAGAAUCUAUAUGCGAGUGGAGUAAUUUUAUAUGAUCAAAGUUUCAACUAUUUGCCAAAUCACUCUAGGCAGGCACAGUAUAUAAAACCAAAAUACAAAACAAGCAAUAAGCCAACCCAAUAAAAACAAUAAAACUAGAGUUCAUAAAAGAACAAAAUCAUUUCGUGAAAGAAUAAGAUUACAGGGAUGUUCAAAAGCUCACAUGUCAAGCCUGCCUUUUUAAAGGACAGUGACAGGAAACUAGUGGAAUAGAAAUAUUUCAUACAUGGUGGUCCAUUUCCCCACUUACACCAAAGAAAGACUGCAGAAUUUAGGCACAUCUCUCUCGGCAGAGAAUUGUAAAGUGCUGCGACAAAAAUAACCUGAACUGGUUUCCUGUGAAUCUGACCUUCUUCCAAGGGAGUCGAGUCCUAUCUGCAAAUCUCAGUGGGCUCAAAAGAUUCGUACACUGUAGGGGUGGCACUCCCUGGGGUAGAUUGACACCGGGUGGCUGCAUAGAGCUUUAGAGGCUAAACCAUAGAGCCACAAAGCCUAAUUUCCCAACGGGGUCUCGAUAGGAAGUAUCACAACUUGGAAUACUGUGAUCCAAAUCUAUUAUCGUUUGUGACAAUGAUGAUCUAGUAUUUGGCUAGGGACAGGGAAAUUUGGGAUGUGUUUUUACAUUCUGGGGAUGGUUUACACAUUCUUUGACUCAAAUCUGAUUACAGGCAGCUGAAUAGCAGGGAUGGGAAAGUCCUGUAAUGUAAUGUGUGUUUGCAAUUGCUAUGCUGCAUCAGCUUAAUAAAACAUUAGGACUUUGCUUGA